GCCUCAAGAAGGAGGACAUCAAGUCUGACAUGUGAGGUGUGCAUGGGGGACUGCAGCAGUAAUAAGAGGGACAGCAUGAUUGAGGAAUGUCCUCCUGCUUUCCCUGACAGCUGUGCAGCAGUUUACAACAGGAAUGGUGAUGUGUUGGCCAAGGGCUGUGCAAGGACCAAGAAGCCUGGGUGUGACCACUACUACUCCAAGAUCUUCCAGCAAGCAGAGCAAGUGACUGACAAUGAAGCCUUCAUGACCUGCUAUUGCANUGCUUCAGGUGAUGUGUUGGCCAAGGGCUGUGCAAGGACCAAGAAGCCUGGGUGUGACCACUACUACUCCAAGAUCUUCCAGCAAGCAGAGCAAGUGACUGACAAUGAAGCCUUCAUGACCUGCUAUUGCAGAACAGACACCUGCAACCACAAGAUGAGAACACAUGUUACACCACCAGCUUACCUGUCUGCAGCUGCUGUUGCCCAGGGGGCAGCCAUAUUGCCAGCAGUCCUUGUCUCCUGCCAUCUUCUCCACCAAGUGUUCACAAGUGUACUUUGA